AUGGCGGUCAUGGCAGUUCACCAAUUCGCGCAAUGCAUCACUUGCCAUGUCUGGAGCCCCGAUCAAUCCAUGGUUGCUUUAUGUCCAAACAAUAAUGAAGUGCACAUCUAUAGGUUGGUUGAAGACAAAUGGGAAAAGGUGUAUGUUCUUCAAAAGCAUGACCAGGUAGUUUCUGGGAUAGACUGGAGUGCAAGAUCAAAUAAAAUAGUUACUGCAUCCCAUGAUCGAAAUUCAUAUGUCUGGAACCUUGAAAGAUCAGAAUGGGUGCCAACUCUUGUUAUCCUUAGACUAAACCGUGCUGCUCUCUGUGUUCAAUGGAGUCCAAAAGAAAACAAAUUUGCAGUGGGAAGUGGGGCCAAAACUGUUUGUAUAUGCUACUAUGAGCAGGAAAACAACUGGUGGGUCAGCAAACUUAUCAGGAAAAGACAUGAUUCUUCUGUGACAAGUGUUUCUUGGCAUCCCGAAAAUAUUCUUCUUGCAACAACAUCUACAGAUGGGAAAUGCCGAGUAUUCUCCACCUUUAUUAAAGGCGUUGAUGCAAAGGAUUCAAAAAAGGGUACUUCAGCAGAUUCAAAAUUUGGAGAGCUGAUUGUUCAGCUUGAUCUCUCGUCAUCUUGGACAUUCGGAGUCAAGUGGUCACCAAGUGGAAAUACUCUAGCAUAUGUAGGUCAUAAUUCUAUGAUAUAUUUUGUUGAUGAUGUUGGUCCUUCUCCUUUGGCCCAAAAUGUUGUGUUCCGUGAUUUGCCCCUCCGUGAUGUACUAUUUGUUUCUGAGAAAAAAGUGAUAGGUGUAGGAUUUGAUUGCAACCCAAUGGUUUUUGCAGCAGAUGAAAGGGGAAUUUGGAGUUUUGUCAGAUAUCUGGGAGAACGGAAAGCAGUAUCUUCUGGAUCAAGAUAUGGUUCACAGUUCUCUGAAGCAUUUGGGAAGUUUUAUGGCCAAUCAAAGCAUGGAGUGAACAACGAUGCGGUUGAAACUUCAAGAACUCGUGGAACUGUUCAUGAAAACUGUAUAAAUGGCAUUAUGCCUCUUCGGGAUCAUGGCACAAUUAUAAGGCGUUUCAGCACAUCAGGAUUGGAUGGAAGAAUUGUUGUAUGGGAUUUGGAAAAUGAGCAAGACCUGUUGGAAUGA